AUGUCCGGAGCCCGCCGGGGGCCGGACCUCAGCUUUCUGGAGGAGGAGGAGGCCAGGGCGAUUUUCCAGGUGCUGCAGCGCGACUCGGAGCUCCGGCGGGCGGAGAAGCACAGAGUCAGAAAUCUUCUGAAGAGAAAGACAUCUCAAGCAGGGCUGCAGGGAGUGACUGGAGAAUGGUUUGAAGAAAUACAAAGAAAAAAAUUUCAAAAUAACCCUGACAUCAAUAGAAUGCUGAAACCACCACUAGAGCAUCAGCUAAGGAAGAGCAAAAAGACCAAUCAUAAAGAAUUGAAAAUGUCAUCCUGCACAAAUCCUCAAGCGCAAAAAAACACGACAACUUCCUUUUUGGGGUUCAGAUCACCUUUUGCUUGGCUUUUCUCCUUCAGAAAAUCAAGGAAACACCAGGCUCAGAAGCAACCACGAUAUGACAGUUCUGCUAGCACAUCUUCAAAAGUGGAAGAAAUGGCAACACAGGCAGAAACAUAUAGUCCCCCAAUGUCAGUGGAACCAAGUUGUCAUUCUUUUGAUGCAAACCAAGAUGAAUUGAUGGAAAAAAGUACACAAGGAUGGAAUGAACAGCUAGAGAAAGAGUUCUUCCGUGUUCUAGAUGAUCUGGAUGACCAGCUGGCCCAGGAACAAGCCCAAGAUCCUUUGGACAAGACAGUUUCUGUUAACAGCACAACAAAUGUGCAAUACAAUAAUGCAUUUCCUAUUUCAGAGAGGCAGACUACUAUUAGGGGGCAACACAGAAAUGACUGGAGCGACAUGCAUAGUACGUUUUUCCCAGAUGGACUGAGAACAAUAAGAGCCAAAGAUGAACACAAGAUUUUUAUCAGACCAAGGAAAUUACACAGUGCUUAUAUAAAAUGGCAACAGACAGCCUUUAAAGAAGAUUACAAAUACAGUGAUCCAGUUGAUGGAAAUACUCUUCUGCGAAGUGGCAGGCCGUCUUCUACUUCGUUUGGACAGUCUUCAGAAGGUAGUUUGUAUCCUCCUUCUAUAACACAGAACAGUGGAUUUAGGCACAAGCAUUAUGUGAACAGAAAUACAGCUGGCAGAAGUUACUCUGUGUGUUCCCUUCGGAGAUGUUCAUCCGCAUUGUCUUCAGACCGGCCAUCAGCAUCUAGCUUACAACAUCCAUUGGCAAGGGAGAGCAAUAAUGGUUUUAUACCAAGGUUUGGUCGACAAAAUCCAAAGAGAAUUCCUCUGUCUUCUAUUGUAUGGAACAAUACACCAGACUCUCCAUCACAAACAUCAGCACAAAAAAAAAUGUUUAGAACCCAGUCACUGAUGGAGUUUCAUGCCGCAGACCAUGGUAUAUAUCCUAGCACUUCGCAAGAAAGUAGGAAAUAUGCUUGUUACCAUUCAAAACACCACUACAGAAGAUCUUUUUCAAGUAGCAAUUGUUUCAGUAGAGUGAGUUGUCCUGACAAAGCUUCUUCUCCAUUGUCCUUUGAUAACUGGGAAAAUUAUCCAUUAUACAAUUCAGAAAGUAAUCUCUCUAGAUCCUGUUCUAGAGAUACUUCUUCUCAUGGCAAGUUGUAUACAAAUCAAAAAAAUUCUCCCUUUAGGAAAAAAGUUAGCUAUCCUUCUUGGGCUGAUAUACCUCAGUACCACAGUGGUAAAACGUUUUUUUCUCCUGAUGCCUGCUUUGAAGUGGUUAUGGCUAACUUAAGUGACCAGCAGUGGACACAUACAAAGAAUGCCACAUGUGCUUCACAGCGCCUGCAGAAUGAUUUUCACAUGUAUUCUCCAGCAAAUACCAGCAUCAAAAAGAUAACAAGAAGUGUAAGUAAUAGAACUUUUUCAGAAUUCAGUGAAGGCUGUCAGCCUUGGCUAAGUAGUAACUCUCCAGUUUCUUCGUCUGGCACCAGAAGUGAUGAGCUAGUCUUUCCUGAUUCAAAAGACCAAACAAAAUUUAUAGGACUGAACAGCAAUUCAGUCGUUACUCAAAGAAGUACUAAGAUGGACUUUGAGCAACUAGACAAUGUUGAAGAUGAGAAACCGUCGGAUGACGUAGAUAUUAAGGACAUGGCGUUACUGUCAGUUUCUCAACAAGCAGAUACUAACUACACCAACGCCCAGAGUUUUCCCUGCAGUAACUCAGCUUCUGCCAUCUUGCCAAACAGUGCAUCUCUCUCUAACUCACAGAGAUCGAAGAGACAUCCUCAAGGCACUGCCAGAAGAGAGACUGCAAAAAUACAUACAUCAAACACUAAUAAAAGAAACAUACAAGUGAAGGAAAACGGUUGCCCACCCAACAAUGUGUGCAGUCAGCCUCCCUGUGUUUUGCCAGCUGAUGAGAGCAGAAGAGAAUCUUUACUUCCAAAUCAGAAGCCAUGGGAACACAAUCUGUGCUAUGUAACUAAAAGAAAAAGCAUCAAAGUGGAUAAUCAGAGUACAGAAACAGUUAACCAAGUUACUGCAAAGGGACACUAUUCACUGGUGGAUGUUGAUUCUGCUCCAUCCACUGAAAAAUUCGUGAACCGUCCAGGCACAGUGUCCAGUCCUCCUGAGUGUGUGUCACAAAGCUCUCCACAAGCACUUUCUCAUAGAGACAAUUUAAAAUGUUUAGAAGCACUAACUAAGUCUUCAGUAAAUUGCACAGUUACUGAAUCUCAAACAGAAGGUGAAAAAAGAGCUCAAGUGAGCAGAAAAAAUGAUACCGAAAAGAUUUCACAGAAAACAUCACAAAAUCCAAGCACUUCAGUUAUUAAGGACUGCGACAGACAAUUCACUACUAGUUCUCCACAAAAUGAAAGUUCUGGAAAUAUUUAUACACUCAGUUUUGGAGACCACAAGACCUCUGAACAUAGUUUAAACUAUUUUUGCCUUGAAAAAGAAAAUGGAAAAAUAAGGAAUAAUUCAUCUUGUAUUGAAAGGCUUAACAGGCAAGACAGCUUGCUGAGAUACACCAGUAGCUGCAGCAUUACUGGCUCCCCUAGCAGAACCAACCCAGCAUCCCCUGAUCCACUUGUUAUCUAUUAUACCUUACCUAGAAAAUCAGCUAGCAUUGCUGGUAGUAUUAUAUCAGAUACAUCCAUCUCUUUCCCUAGAGAGAGCAGAACAAGCACAUACGAUCAUUUAAGGACUGAAACUCCAAAUAGAACUGAUUCCUUACGUUCUAAUCAAAGAAAUAUGUCCUUUUUAGACUCAAAACAUUCCUCAGAGCCAUUAAAUGGUGCUACAAGUAUCCAGAAAAAGUAUUAUCCUUUCACUAAAAGUCCUAAUGAUUCAGUAAGCAGUAGUUCCUCAGUUGGACUGGUAGAUAGUUGUAAUGAUCUGACCAGAAGAGGAUACUCUGGGUUUUCAGAUUGUAAGGAAAGGAGAAAUUGUUUGCAGAAAUAUAAAACUACAAGUACAUUUACAGUUUGUGUUGACGAAGAUCAUGUCAAAUAUCAUGAACUAGUUUCAAUCUACUACACGUUACCACGGAGGCAUUCUACAACAUUUUGUAAUCUCUUUAGAGAUAAUCCAGAGGAUGCAGAAUUGCCUCUUCCCAAAGAAAACUGUCAGUCACCAGGAACACAUAACAAGAAGAAUGAAGGUUGCUUGAGUUUAGCAAGUGUAUUUUUCCCUAAUACUUUGGAAAAAGAGGUGCCUUCGUAUUCUUCUGACCAAGCGCCUUCAGCUCUGGUCACACCGCAGAACUUAGAAACUGCUGCUGACAGUAAAGAUGAGCAUUCCCGCUUACCUCCUAGCUCUGAGAAGGUAUGUGCUUCAAAGGCAGUAAGUACAGUCCGUAGUAGGAAAGAUACUUCACCAGUUCUUUCAUUGGCAGAAAGUAAACUUCCUGACAUGAUGACAGCAGACAUUUCUUUGGGUGAUCCACAAUCCAUUGCAGUAGUGGGUAACACAGGUAAGGCCAUUUCUGGUGCUCCAAGCAAUCAAAGUACAGAAAUGUGUGUAAAAGAAAAGAAGGAAAUUUUGCAAACGGCCACACCACUAAUCUCCACUUUAUCAAGCCCUCACAAACCAGGCAGACCUUUAGAGGAUCUUUGUUAUUCAACCCUAGUGGAUAAGAAUAGUGUACAAAAGGGAAACUCUGAAAGCUGCUAUCAGCCUCCUAAAGUAAACACAAAUAAAAAUCAGAACAGUUUACAGCUCCACACAAGAGAGAAAAGUUCUCUUGGUAGGAACAGUAAUUCUAAUGCGCCAGCUCCUCCUGCUGAAGGUAGAUACAGGGAUAAUAUGGAAGUCAAACAAAGAGAAAAUCUACACCAGAUCACCCCUCUGUAUAGUAAUAAACGUAGUGGACUGCAAUUAGGAACUGACAAUUCAGGAAAUAGCACAAAUGAUUUAAUCUCUUGUAACAAAACACUUUCAGAAUCUCAGAACCAAGAAUCUGGGGUAGGCACAGCUUCCAGUGCUGACCCGGUACUUCAGCUAGACAAAAUGGAUAGCACAGAUACAGAAGAGUUAAAGAAUUCAAAAAUUAAAAGAGCACAAAAUUUGCAGAAUACUGAGAUGGGUAAAGAUUACGCCAGUUUGCAGGGAUCCGAGAGGCACAGUGAGGAUAGCCUGAACAGUAACCACAAAGACAAAGUCCUUGGGGCUACGCAAGAUCAGAAGUUAACACAGGAUGCAGAAAAUGAGAGCAAGCUUCUCUCUGGAUGCACAAGAGACAAAGUAAAAGAUAUAGAAAAAAGGAAAAACAGACCUUCAAUUAAAAAUAAACUGGCAGCUGUUUAUAAAACAAGUCGAAAAUUUUCAAGUAAAAAUUUACCUCCAAAGCCACGCAUCAGUAAUAUUUUCUCACAGAAUGAUGGAAGUAGCACUUCUCUAGAGGUUAACACGCCCCUUGACUCGUUGCUCUCAGCGGAGUCCAAUCAGUUGUUUCUGCAGUCUGCAAAUGAAAACCAGAAUCGUAGUCUGGACCCUGAAGGGAAUACCCCAAUACAAAGAACAGCCGAGAGGAAUAAGAGUGAAAAUGAAAAUGAUCUUUCUUUGCUUUUUAGUAACACAAAUUGGAGAUCUUUUACAAGUUCAUACACCCAGAAAGAAGCCAUCAGUCACCCCCAAAACAUAAUAAAAGUGGAAAACAGGCCAAGUCUUACAACUCUAUUUCCAGACAAAACAGCCACAAGAAAUAAGAAUUCUCAAACACUUUAUCUGGCGUUAGAAAACAGAAGCCAACCUGUCUCCCCCUCUGCUACUACAGCAGACCCGCUGGAUGAUGAGAAAAGAAGAGCUAGCAGUAGUGCUUGCAGUCCUCCCUUGCCACUUCUAACUGACAAAAACUCAAACUCAUUUUUAAAUAAUUACCUGCAGGCAGGUGUAUGUCCAAAGCAAAGCUUGACUUCUCAGAUGGCAUUUGGUCAUCAUCAAAACACCUAUCAGUCUAAUAGCUUAAAAAAUGCUAACUUGCAUAGUAAUCAGUUGCGCAAGAGUCGUGCAAAGUAUCAGCGUGAGCGUCACCUUUCCGAGCGUACUUACGCUCGAGAUUCUCCUGACAGCUUUGGCUCUGGAAGCAAUAUUCUACCUAAACAAAGUAGACACGAGAAGAGAUUUAAAUCUUACUCAGAGCUGUUGUCUUGUGAUGAAAAUGAAAACUGGGCAUCUGACAAUGUAAAAAGUUACAGCACUAGGAAUUUGAUGUAUCCUUCUGUUGAAUUUGGUAUAUUCGGCAAAGAACAGCAAUUGGCUUUCCUGGAAAAUAUCAAGAGGUCACUCACGGAAGGACGAUUAUGGAGCCCUUGCCUGCUAAAUAACCCUGGCUCGUUCAGAGAUGGAGAGAGCCUUUCUUUAAGCAGAUCUGAGCUUUUGAGCUCAAGUUCUACUGGAAGCAAAAUGUCAUCAGCUGCUUCGUCCCCCAGAGAGCUGGGGGAGCCAGCAGCUUACUCAGACUCGGACACUGAUACUACCACAGAUGACGAGUAUUACCUAGAUCAGAUAGAUAAAGAAUCGGAACUAUAACAACUUGUGGUACUAAGAUGGCAAGAUAGUUCAAUAGUUUCUGGGCAGGCAAAAACAUGUAAAAUACUUGGAGCCUGUUGUUGUGCUGCUAUAAAUUCGUACAAUUUGAUUAGUUUUAAAGAAGUUAGUAUCUUAUGUUACAUGAGCAUUUGACUUUUUCUAUUAAAUAUGCGGCUUCAACAUUGUUCUUCCUAGAAGAAAAAAACCCACAAAAUUAUGGAAGAUAAAUGACCAUAGAGCUUUGGAUAAUGUAAUGUUAGAGGUGGUUUUCCACUGACAUGAGCAAGCGCUGAGUUAGGCUACUGCCAACCAAGUACAACAGUGCUGAAAUGGAUAAAUUCUAGCUCUAGUUAUAUUUCUUUAGAACAUUUAACAGAAAAUGAUCAAAUUACAUUGGUGAGGUGUACUAUUUCUCCAGUUUUCCCCAUUUAGCAGAUCAUAAUAAUGGUAAUCCAUCCCAACCCAACAUACACCCACACAAAGUGGAAAUAUUUCAAUGUUUGUAACGUGGUAGGAAUGCUCCUUUUCUGUACUCCUGGGAAACUGGUUGCAGCGAUGCCACCGGCGGAGUUUGUUUUGCAAUACAAAUUUAUAUCCUAUAUAAAUCUCAUAGGUUGAAUCCUAAGUUGUCCUAAUAAUGGGAAGGCACGUUGUCACCUUGCUAUAACUUGUUGCUUCCCAAAGUUGUUUGACUGACUCUGUACCUAGAUGGUCCCAUUAUAGCUCAGUGCAACCAUUGGGCUACGUCAGGGUUAUGCCACCAAAAGCAGUCUGAGACAGCACUUUGCUAGUUCAGGACUGUGCUAUACAAAACCAGUAAUUUGUUUUCAUAGGAAGUAAAUAAAACUGGUGGAAAAUACUCCUUGCCUUUGCUAAAUUACCUUUUUGCUAUUUUUCAAACAUUCUCUCUGUCACCAUGGAAAUUUUUAUCCUUUGAGCUUAAAGACUGCAAAUGUUUUCCUGCAGCUGUCCCUUGGCCACACUAGUAAAUAUAGUAUUAUUACUCAGUAGCCAAAAUUCAUCUCUGGCCAUUAAAUUUCUAACUAAGCUUUGAUCUCUUGUCAUGCAAAAUCACAGGUGGCUCAUUGAGCCAGAAGGUAAUAUUUUUAAACAAUUAUACAACAUUUAUUUCUAUUUUAAUAAUUUCACAUGCAGUCUAAAAUGUUGAUCCAUAUUUUUGAUAUGCUUUUUAAUUCAAUAAAAUUUCUGUAAAAUAUAAUUAUAUUUUUGUAACUGGAAGGACAGUAUAUUGAUAUUUUAAAAAAUAUAUUUUAAACAAAACAAGCAAUGUGUGUAUCACUGAAUACUCCACGAGAACCUAAAAGAGAUGAAAAAUACUGUAGUAGGUAACUGGUAUCCUUAUUUUUUAUAUUGUAAACUUCGUUAAAGAAGUGGAACAUUCAAAUAUGUACUGAAAUAUAAGUAUUAUUACUUCAUACUAUGAUAAUUUGUCUUUUGUUGUACAUAAAAGGAUUAAUAUAAGCUGUGUAUUUAUAGUCAGAACUGUUCUUUACAACAUACCUGUUUUGGAAGGAUAUAAGCAUAUGCUGACAUAUGUAAUAUUGGAAGGACAUAACUACCAUGUAAUUGUAAUCUUGUAGGAUGGGCUCUUCUAAGGAGAAACUACUUUUUCCUGUAAAUGGUUCCACUAUAUAUACAUGUAGCAGAUUAAGUAGAGUAGAGUAAGACAAUAAAAAAAACUCAAUAUUAGUGAGGAAUUUCUGCUGAUGUAUAUUUCUGCAAAAUAUGUUAGUCUAAAAAUUGAGAAUAACAGCCUACAUAAGUUAAACAAUAAUAAAAUAAAUGUUUACAAGGGAGGUAAAUGGUCAUACAAUUUUGCUUGACUAGAAAUGGAUUAUUUAGAGUAAUCAUAUAGAAUAUUUUUAUUUGUAAAUAUUUUCUACCUGUUCAGUAGAAUUUGUAUUAAGUUCUCACCUUAUUGGCAUAAAAAGGUUUUCAUUUGUGAUGUUACAUAUGUACAGUAAAUCAGGAGGUAUGAUUUAAUGUAAACAAAUUUUUAAAAGACAGCUUUGGGUCAUAAAUUAGUUAUGCAAGACCACAGUCUGUUAAGUAUUUGUAAACUAAUAUUUACAUAGAAUGAUCCUAUUCUGUAGAACAGUCAAUUAUGUGAAAAUGUAGGGAGAAAAAUCCUUUGAAUAAAGAGAUCUGCUCCAUUUUGUUUAGCAGAGCCACAAUUUGACAUCUUUACUCUUCCAGGCUUUUUUUCUUUGGAUACAGUACAGGCUAUAAAUGGUCAUAAUUUAUAGAAUUUUCAUAUUUAAAGCUACUGGUUUGAAAUAAACUGUGCAU